AUGUCGUCGGCCUCUCCUUCAAAGGAACCAGAGGUGGACCCAGGAACUCAGUCAGGCGACGACGCGGAGCAUAUGGAACGGGAACACCAAGAUACACAAGCGCAAGGCCAGGGAGAAUUUGAGGUGAAAGAGCAGGAUCGAUGGCUUCCAAUUGCAAAUGGUUCGUUAAGCGCGUUCUUGCAUGUUUGCCGUUUUGACUGA